AUGCACCCAGCGCGCUCUUUCCAGCGUCCUUCUAACCCGGGGCCCGGAGCACUCAGCACUGCCCAGCGCACCGGCCGGCGCUGGGUCGGCCGAGGGUCCCGUGCGGGGUCUCGGGCAGCGAGUGCGUGCAGACGGGGCGGAAGCGAGGCCUCCGGCCGGGGCCGGGCCGGAACGGGCGUGCGGGGCGGAGCGGGGCGAGGCUUCGGGACCUGGGCCGCCCGGAGAGCCGCCAACCGGGGCAAGGCCGAGGGGGAGGCGUGGGGGCGCGUCCCGCCCGAGCGUGUCCCGUCCGACCGAGGGCCCUUCCUGGGCGGCGCGUCCCUCGGGGCCGCCUCCCUGCGCGGGGCCUCGUCCUCCGGGGCGUGCCGUCCGAGCCCCGCGUCCUGCGAGAGUGCCCCUCCGGGGCGUGUCCUGCGGGCGUGUCCUCCCAGGUCGGCGGCUCCCCGAGUCGGAAACGCGCUGGACGCUCGGCUCGGCACCGGCGGGUUCCGGGCGCACGUGGAUCGGUUCCGCACCACCAUGGGGACCCUGGCUCAGCGCGCGCUUCUGGGCGCCCUUGGCCUGGCGCUGGGCGGCCUGUGCUGCGCACUUGACUUGUGGAGCAGUGGCCCCCACGAAUGGAAGAAGCUGAUCAUGGUACACCACUGGCCAGUGACAGUGUGCAAGGAAGCCGGGAAGGAAUGUCGGAAUCCUCCCAACUACUGGACAAUCCACGGGCUCUGGCCCGACAAAGCUGAAGCCUGCAACCGCUCCUGGCACUUCCGCUACGAUGAGAUCAAGGACCUUCUGCCAAACCUGACCAGCUAUUGGCCAGAUGUGACCCAUUCUUCUCCAAAUGGCAGUCAUUUCUGGAAGCACGAGUGGGAGAAACAUGGGACCUGUGCAGCCCAGCUGGAUGUCCUGGACUCGGAGAAGAAAUACUUUGGCAAGAGCCUGGAGCUGUACCAGUUUCUGUCACUCAACAGCGUGUUCCAGAAGCUGGGGAUAAAGCCAUCCACCAAUUACUACCAGGUUUCGGACAUUAAGGACGCCCUGGCCAGCGUGUACGGAGUCGUGCCAAAGGUCCAGUGUCUCCCGCCUAAUCAGGAACUGGACAUUCAGGCCCUGGGGCAGAUCGAGCUCUGUUUCACCAAGGACUUGAAACUGCGCAACUGCUCAGAUCCCGGGGUGUCCAAAGGUGUGGUGGCUAAGAGUGGGGGCCUGCAGGUCUGUGCAGAUGGACCUGCUUUCUACCCCCCGCCCUGAGCCCCAGUCUGCAGCUCUCAGGAAGAACCCCAAGGCUCCUUUUUCUGGUUGCUCACUGGAACUUUCCCCCUUGCCGACACUAGCCUGGCUCCAGCUCAGCUGUCUGGUCUGUAGGGGUCUCUCUGCAAUGGCUGCUCUGGGUUUGGAAUAAAGCCUGUGAGUUCUUU